AUGCUCAUAUGAGGGUGGAGGGUAUGCAAUAGGUUACUUUCAUCAACUGCUCUAAGGACAGUUGCUGGGAAGCCUGUAGAAAGAGAGUGGCCUCUAAAUCCUAACUUCUUGAUAAAGAGAACAUGUGAAAGUACUUUUCCCGAAAAAAGAAAAGCUGUAGUGGUAUUGAGAAAUAACAGACUAUGUAUUGUCUGAGAAGAAGGAAUAGGGACGGGUAGGUUGUGUACAUAAGAUGGAAUUUGAGUUGGAUAAGUAAAGUGAAAUCUAGAUAGUGAAAGGUUUAAUUAAUCCUAAAGGAGAUGGGUUAUCUUUUUUUGAAGCUCUUUGAGCAGGAAACUAAUAUAGUCAGAUUCGUACUUCAGAAAGUUCUCUGGGAAGCCUAGAGAAUAGAAAUAGCGGACUCUGGGUUCUCCUAGCUAAAAUCUAGGUAGUUAUAUUUGAGAUUAUUUUGAAAAGUAAUGACAUCCUGGUGAGAUGCAAUAAAAUCUAAAAUAGAGUUAUGGUAUUGUUCCAAGAAAGGAGGCAAGUGCUAAUGUGUCAUACUUUGAAAGAGAAGAAAAGGUCUUAGAAUUUAGGCAGUUGACACUUGAAGAAUAGCUAUCAAGAAUUACAAAAUCAUUUUUUGUGUUUGAAUUUACGUCUAAAGGGAUAGCACAUGCAGCUGUCCAGCGUAAGAGUUGGAAACUCAAAUGUGGAGAUCAGCCUAAGCUUCAUGGCAUGUGGGCCAUGAGAAGAGUUGGCAUCAGAGAGGGAGCACUGAAAAAGAAGGUCUGCCAAAAUGUCUGAAAGAUCAGAUCUCCUUCACUUCAAGUUUGAAAAUUAUGGAGAUUCAAUGUUACAAAAAAUGAACAAAUUAAGAGAAGAGAAUAAAUUUUGUGAUGUUACAGUUCUCAUAGAUGAUGUUGAGGUGCAGGGGCAUAAAAUUGUUUUUGCUGCAGGUUCCCCCUUCUUAAGAGACCAAUUUUUACUGAAUGAUUCCCGAGAGGUGAAAAUCUCCAUAUUACAGAGUUCUGAAGUGGGGAGACAAUUACUCUUAUCCUGUUAUAGUGGUGUGCUGGAAUUCCCUGAGAUGGAACUGGUAAAUUACUUGACUGCUGCAAGUUUUCUUCAGAUGAGCCACAUUGUAGAACGGUGCACACAGGCGCUGUGGAAGUUUAUAAAGCCAAAACAACCAAUGGAUAGUAAAGAGGGAUCUGAACCACAGAGUGCUUCUCCCCAGUCGAAAGAACAGCAGGGAGAUGCCAGAGGCUCUCCCAAACAGGACUUACCUUGUAUUCAUCCAUCUGAAGACAGUAUGGAUAUGGAGGACAGUGAUAUUCAGAUUGUUAAGGUAGAAUCUAUUGGGGAUGUAUCAGAGGAUAGAAGUAAAAAAGAUCAGAACCAGUACAUUUCUUCUGAACCCACUGCUUUACAUUCAUCAGAGCCCCAGCACUCCCUGAUAAACUCAACUGUGGAAAACAGAGUUAAUGAACUAGACCAGAGCCAUCUCCACAAUUACGCCCUCUCUUACACAGGCAAUGAUGACAUCAUCAUGACCUCAAAAGAUGUCUUUGGGCCUAAUAUUCGAGGUGUAGACAAAGGCUUACAGUGGCAUCACCAAUGCCCAAAGUGUACCAGGGUAUUCCGUCACCUGGAGAACUACGCCAACCAUUUAAAAAUGCACAAACUCUUUAUGUGUCUACUCUGCGGCAAGACUUUCACUCAGAAAGGCAAUCUUCAUCGACACAUGCGUGUACAUGCCGGAAUUAAACCUUUCCAGUGUAAAAUCUGUGGGAAAACCUUUUCUCAGAAGUGUUCCUUACAGGACCAUCUUAACCUUCACAGUGGAGAUAAGCCCCAUAAAUGUAACUAUUGUGACAUGGUUUUUGCACAUAAGCCAGUGUUGAGGAAACACCUUAAACAGUUGCAUGGCAAAAACAGCUUUGAUAAUGCCAAUGAGAGGAGUGUGCAAGACCUCACAGUGGAUUUUGACUCUUUUGCAUGUACAACAGUCACAGACUCUAAUUGUCAGCCACAACCUGAUGCAACACAGGUCCUGGAUGCAGGUAAACUGACCCAAGCUGUCCUCAGCUUAAGGAGUGACAGUACAUGUGUAAAUUGAACAGGGCUCAGAGCUGACAGCCAGAGCUGACAGAGUAUGGCAGUAGUCUCUGAGCCUUUUUAGAAGUCACUUGGUAGUUUCUUCUACAAAGCCUCCAAGCAGGUGGUAGUGAGUGAGUUGAAGCACUAGCAGACCAGGUGCUGUGGCUUUGCUUUCCCUUGGCCCUCUCCUGGUUCUCUUUUGAGUUAUUUAACCUGUGAUGUUUGUUUUCCUUUUCGAAGGAAUAAUUCCAUUUGUCUACCUAGUGUUGAUAUAUGUCUUAGACUGACACUAUUUUACAUUUUUUACCAAGCACAUUCUGAGGGUACCAACAAAUAACAUUAUCUACUUCCUACUAAUAAAUGCUGUGUUUAGGAAAGUUAAUAUUUUUCCUUGGGGGUGGGGGGAAUGAGGCUGGGAUAGGAGGUGAUAACUGCUGUUGACCUAAAUAUGUGAUGGAGUUUCUGUUUGUCUGCUGUGAUUCAGCCAAGGCUGACGAGUGAAUCUUCUCCCUGGCAUUUGUACUUUUUUGGAGCUGCUGUGGAAAAGUGUGUAGGUUUGUACUUUAAACACUAACAGCCCACUGAAAUUUCCUUAUAACCCAGAAUACAAUAUUUUCAGCAACUUCUGCAAAUAGGUAGGAACUGCCAUGGGGAGGAUAAUCAGUAAAUGAGAGAAAUAUAAUAAAACACAGUGGGUAAAUGGAAGGCUUGCUAAGUAUUAGGACCUAACAAGAGGCCAGCUGCUUGCAUAUGUGUCCUGUUGAUGCUUUUGUAAUUGGAAGUGCUUUAGGCAUACUUAUGUGAGCUAAAGAAUAAUGGACUAUGUUGGAAUCUAAACUAUGACUAUACAUAAGAAAGGUACGUUCGGCCAUUACUUGUCCAGUAUAGAGUUAAUGUCUCUGGUCUUUUCACGUGUACCUUCAUCUUGGAAUUGAUGAAAAAAAAUUAAAUGUGAUACAGAGGAACUACCAGAAAGUUUGCAUUUAGAGGUACACAGUACACUGUCCACUUUUGCUACCUGUGAUAGUUUAUC